AACUUUUAAUGAAAAUGCGACGUUUAUGGUAUUAUUAUCACUAAAUUCAAGUUAGGGAGCACAAAACGUUGGAAAAGAUAUGCAAAUAUCAGGAUUAGGGAGCAAGUUAGGGCUCCGCGAGUAAUCGUAGUGGAAGCAUUACUCGGCCGCUACUUGGCAGUAUUUCCGCAUUCAUGAUAACAACCAGCAGAUAAAUAACUAAAAACUGGGCCACCUCAAGAGGUAUUCAUGCUUUUUUUUCGAUAUUGUGCGGAUUUAUAAGAACUCCCACGCGCCAGGGUUCCGCUCAGCUCGUUAGUCGCUAAUACUAAGUACUAACGUGGUCUUUUUACAAUAAAUUUAAAAUAGCGCGUAUAGUUUUAAAAAAUGCCCGUGGGGACUUUAUCUUAUAUACCGUUGCUUCUCGCAGCAGUUAUACAGUACAACGUUAAAUCUGAAGUAUCCAAUAGCGGAUUACGCAGCAAGUACGAUGGAUAUGGCGAAGAAUGGAUCUUCAUGCCCGAUGGAAACGGAAAACCACAAGUUGCUGUACUCAAAGGAGUGGACGAUAAUGAAGCUCGAGGUGUCUUUGAUUCAUUCCCAAUUACAUAUAUACUAUAUACACGAGAUGGACCAGAAAAAGGAGAAAAUUUGUACACGAACGAUACGGAAGCUUUAAAAAACUCAAACUUUUCUCCAUCGCGAAAGACCAAGCUGAUCACGCACGGUUGGAAAUCUAGUGCAUUCACGUCUAGCAUCGUUAAUAUGAAAUCCGCUUAUCUGUCGCACGACGAUUAUAACGUCAUCCUCGUGGAUUGGGAACCACUUGCUGCCAGCACUUUCUAUCUUGGACCGAUGAAAAAUACCGAUAGAGUUGGAAAGGAUGCUGGAAAAUUCAUUGAUUUCCUAGUUACUGAAACUGGUUUAAAGACCCAGGAUGUUCAUUUCUUAGGACACUCCUUGGGAGCACACGUUGCUGGAAAUGCCGGUGCUGCAACAUUUUCAGGGAAACUUGGUAGAGUCACUGGAUUGGAUCCAGCUUUGCCAGGAAUCCACAUCUUCACGACGGAGGAGGGUCGACUAGAUGCCUCGGAUGCUGAAUUCGUUGACAUUAUACACUCCUGUGGAGGAGUCCUUGGUUUUUUGCAACCUUUGGGUCAAGUAGAUUUUUAUCCCAACGGUGGAACAGCAGUGCAACCCGGUUGUUGUUGUAUUCCAGAAGUGAUGGAUGCCUGUAGUCAUGGACGUUCCUAUCUUUACUUCACUGAGAGUAUUAACUCGAAGACGGGACUAGUUGCCACAAAGUGUGAUACCUGGGAUAAAUAUAUGAGAGGCGACUGCGCAAUGGCCGAGACUGUUCUCAUGGGAGAGCACGUUGACAGAAAUGCCAAUGGUUCUUACUUUCUACGUACAAGAUCCGAAUCUCCCUUUUCGUAUAUAUCGGAAAUUGAAGACAAUAACGUUUAAUACUUUCUGAAACUGGUCAAUCAUUGGU